GCCUACUUCGCUAUAUCCACGCCCACGUAGCUGUAGCCCCGCCCUAUUCCGUCCUAGACCCCGCCCCUGCGCGUCCUUCCCUCUUCAUCGCCACCGCCACCACCACCACGUGUUCCCCCGUGCCCGUUUGCAAGGCAGCCCCAGCCGCAGCCGUAGCAACAUCAGCAGCCAGGCCGCCAAUGCUGCUCUCGUCCCUGCGCGCACUGGGGCCCUCGCUCGUGCGGGGCCUCGGGCGAGCCACCCCGAGGACAGGAGGUGGCCAGCCGCUGGGCUGGCAUUGGAGGGGCUCUCCUGCAUGGAGCCACCAGUGCACACAGUGGGUCCCAGCUUCAGGACCCAUUCCUGCGAGACUCACACACUCCUCCACCAAGAUGCCGACCAGCUCGGAGGCCACGAGCAGCUCUGCGGUGCGGGAGGAGCCCGAGAGCCUGGGCACCAUCACCAGGGUGAUUGAAGCCAUGGGAUUCACCGGCCCCCUCAAGUACAGCAAGUGGAAAAUAAAGAUCGCCGGUUUACGGAUGUACACGUGCUGCGUUGAGCGGAUCGACUUUGAAGAAUUCUUUGAGAGGUGCAGUCUGCCUGACACUCUGAACUCAUGGUUUUUGGUGACUCAGCUGCAUGUGUGGAUGUGCCUGGUGCGCUUGAAACAGGAGGGCCGGGAGGGAAAGUACAUGUGCAAGUUCGUCGUCUACUCCAUGUGGGAGGAUGUGGAGCAGAGAGGCAAGGUCAUGGGGGUGGACCCCGUGAUGCUCAAGAAGUGCAUGAGAACGAUGACAGAAAACUUCUACGCCGCCAUCUUUGGCUACGAUGAGGGGAUCCUGUCGGACGACACGGUGUUGGCGGCAGCGCUGUGGAGGAACUUGUUGAACCGCGAGGGAGACGACCCUCGCCUGCUGGCCAUGCUGGUGGAGUACGUGCGCAAACAGAUGCAGUACCUGGAUGCCCUCAACGGGGACGACCUCCUCCUAACGGGCGACGUCAAGUGGAGGCCGCUCGUGGAAGAGAACCCACAGAGCAUCCUCAAGGCCGAGGCUCCAGCAUACAACGACGCGGGCCUCUGAGGGCAACCGCUCCAGUACCUCCACCCUUCCAGCAUUCUGACCGGAUUCCACCCCCCACCCUCUUGUUCACCUCGCCUCACACCCCUUGCUUCAUCUCGACUUGUCUGUAUUUAAUCUCUCCACACCCUGUAGCCCUCUCUGUCCUCCACCUUCUCCACUCCUAGUUUAUCCUUCACCUUGCAAUAUCUCCCCCACCUCCCCUCAUGCCCUGUUGUUCACCACCUCCCUUUCCCAUCUGCACCCUUUCCACCAUCUUCUCCCCCUCGCCACACCACCCCUCCAGCACCAAACCCCAUCCUCUCCCCCCUCACACCACUUGCCCUCCACUGCCUCUUGUUCCUCGGUCACCCCCACUGAGUUGAAGCAGGCACAACUGAAAUAUUGUGUGUGUGUGUUUGUAUGUAUGUCUUUGUGUGUGUAAGUUUAAGUGUAUGUUGGUUUGUGUUUAGCUGUGCAAGAAUGGAGAGUCGUGGUGCAUCGUGUAGCGCCACGGUACUACAAUCACAGCAAAACCUGGGUUCGAUUCCCGGCCACGUUGCACAACUCUGGUGGCGCAUGGUGAUGCAACUUGUCCAGAGCCCUAACCUCUAGGUUGACUCAGCCUGAAAUAGCUACCUAUUACAGUGUGUGAACAUCAGACAGACGUAGCUGGGUGUGGUGCUGGCCACGCCACCCCAUUCGUGUGCAUGUCAUCCUGUGUAGACUUGUACCAAGAGCACCUGCGAUUAACGUGGCUAACUGGGGGAUUAUUGUGUCAUAUGUUAGUAGUGUUAGGCAAUAACGCAUUGCUGGAAGCAGCUAACCAACAGUGGGUACCAGUCAUCCCAUAUAUUCCUUUGUCAGUGUAUGAUCAGAUUAUCUUCACUUGGCAUGUACCGGUUGGUAACUUUUUACGAUCAUGUCAAUAUAUUAAAAACACUGAUUGUUUCUAAAAUAAACUAGAGAGAGGAAAGUGGUAUCGGCAAGUUGGAUCAUUGUGAGGACAGUGGCAGCCAAUACAAACUGAUCAUGGUAUGCAGCCUUCGGUCGUUGCAUAGUGACAUUAUUGUUUAGAUUAAAUCAUCACCAAUAGCGGUGCUGGAUAAAGAACUGUCAUCAUCCUGCUUGCGUUUGCUCUCUAAUCCACCUGCUGCUCUUCAUGUCCCCAUCGGUGUAAUCCCAAGGAUGACAUUUCACUGCUCCAUGCCAGGUGCUUCGGGAGCUGCACCGAGCCAGCUCACUUUCUCCCUUGCUGUAUAUCAAGGGGAAAAGUGAGCUGCCCAAUGCGGAAGCCGCCAAUUUGCUUAAAGUCCACCUCCCCCCACCUCUGUAUAAAUGGGCACACCGCAGGCGAUCGGCUGGUCGUGUGUGGUGGGGUAAAGUGCGGGUACUCUUCAUCAUCGACAUUAUCAACCACAUAAUCUCAUCGAAGAUGUCUGGCCAGUGUGGAAGUGGCUCUUCAAGAUCAAGAUCUCCAUCUAGCCGAGGCCCUUGCGCCAUAAGUGGCGCCAUCAAGCAAUUUCUAUGCUGCGCACCUUUACCUUUCACUCACUGCAUUAUACGUGUUAUUUAUACGCGCAAGGCAGCACAGGAUGAAUGCGUGCGUGUGUAUGUCCGUUGUCGUGUGCUGUAUUUAGGGAAGGAGCAAGCACGGAGCAAAGGUCAGGAUGUCUUUAGAGGGGAUGUCAAAAUGUGUACCGUCAUAACCCCCUGGAUCACUGCACUUUGUUGUAUUGCUGUCAGAUUUGAUGUCGGAAUAUUCCAUGGCUCCGGUCAGGGUUAAUCCAUUGCUGCCAUCAUGGUACUGAGGUGGGGGGCGCGUUGGAGGGGAGCUUAACUCAUCCCUGUCAGGAUUAUUAAAUUGCUGCCACUGGCUUCGGACUGCCAUCGAAGGAUGAGCAUCUUCUCAACCCAUCUACGGAGGAAGACACUUUAACUUUUUUGCACAAUUUUGUGCGAUCACUAAAUAUAACCGUGCUUUUAAUGUUUCACGUAAGCCAAACAUUUAGUAACACCUUGCUUCCUCAAUGCUCUUUAAAAGGCCCGACAUUUUUACACACAAUGUCAUGUGACCCUUUCAGUCACUUAUAUAGACUUAGUGCAAGACUCCUGAUUAAUGCCGGCAUGGGUACUAAUGUCUGGUGGAGUCAACCUCGUGGUGGCCAGGACAAAUUCACACAGCACUUAAACAUGUACACAAAAAAAUACCCUGUUAUAUUUACAUAAGCUGCAGUAAAAAUAUAUUUUAUGAUGUAUGCGUAUAAUUCCCAAUUUUAAUGAGUUGCAGGUGGCCUUAGGUAUGUAAAGGGGUGUAGAAUUGAGAAAUUGGUUGAACUGUCAUAGGCGUACUCAUUUUUGUUGGUUUUAAUUCAUAAAUGCUGUUUUCCUAAUGGUGAACGUUAAACAAGUCAUGACAUAAACACAUAAACCACAUUUUCGCAUUUGGAAGUUAUGUACAAGUCACAUUUAUGUACAAGUUACGUUCAAGUCACUUUCUUGAGAGCGGUCAACUAAACCGCGAACCUCCACAACAAGCAGAGAAUGCUGGCGUCGUGUCGUCUCCCCAAAUAGAGGGGACAUGACCCCAGCUGUCAACGGGACACCAAGUCGAUGGUUCAAAUCCUAGAGUCCAGCAUUUACUCCGGAAUACUUCUGGGGUGGAUAAACAUAAGUACCGCAUUGUGUCGAUGUCCGACCAAAGGAAUGUGGAAAUAUUGUCAUCACUGGUUCAGAGGCGCCAGAUCGGAUUCCUAAAUCCUCGACACCAGACAAUGAUGGGUAUCGCCUGGGUGGUUAAAUACCGGGUGGGCAAAAUGUGCCAAGGAUACAGUAUUCACGUGCUUUUUUUCCCGCAAGAUCCCAACGUAUUCGCGUUUCCUUGUGCACCGACACGGUUUUGACAGCGGUGCGUUGUGUGCGGCGUGUUUCGAGUGUUUUUUUUCGGUUUAUCGGGCGAGCUAGAGCCUAGGCUCUCGAUCGGUCUCUUGUGGUGGUUUCUGAGUGCGCAUGUAUUUUUCGAGAGCCACUGUGAUGCGCGUCGGCGCGCGUUCUUUUGAGGUUUGUACAGCUUUGCAAAAUAAAACUUUUCCCCGGAUGUUU